AUGAUCACAAAACUGCUGCUCGACAAAGGCGCCGAGGUCAACGCGCAGGGUGGACACUGCGGCAACGCACUGCAGGCAGCUUCAUACGGAGGCCACGAGCAGGUAGUCAAGAUGCUGCUCUACAGAGGCGCCGAUGUCAACGCGCAGGGUGGACACUACGGCAACGCACUGCAGGCAGCUUCAUACGGAGGCCACGAGCAGGUAGUCAAGAUGCUGCUCGACAAAGACGCCGAUGUCAACGCGCAGGGUGGAGAGUACGGCAACGCGCUAUGGGCCGCCUCUUUUCGAGGUCAAGGGUAUGUUGUGACGAUGCUGCUC